AUGCUCUCCCGCAGACUCGCCGCGGCACGCCCGCUCUCCAGCGCCGUGCGAACUGUCGCUCCCCGCACCACCCUCACACAACUGCGCUUCGCUUCCGAGAACAAUGCCAACAAGGAGAACUUUGUCGGUGAGGUCGCUGUGGAGGACAUUGGUAUGAACGGUGGAUACGUCAACCCCCCAGCAGUCAAGCGCGCUUUCCGUGACCCUUACGACAGCUGGUGGGAUCCGCAAGAACGUCGCAACUUCGGCGAGCCCGUCCAUGAGGAUAACGACACUCUUGGCAUCUUCUCGACCGAGCCCUACACCCACUUCAAGCCUGGUUUCGGUGCCGUCCUCCUCGGUACCUUUGUCGCAUCUGUCUUCGUUCUGAUGGGUGUUGUUCGCCAAUACUACCCCGACAAGGCCUCCGUUCCCAGAACUUUCCCCGGUGGCCUCGACAGGGAACUCGGCGGCGCCGGCGCUGUCAUUGCCCGCACCGACGAGAAGGAGCCUUUCUAGAUAAACAUGUGUCCAUACCC